UUUUGAUUCUCGUCAAGGAGAAGAAGAAUGGAGUUCGCCGGACGUCGAGGGCUCCUGGCGACGGUGCGAGGAAGAAAUGCCACCGGCCAGGUUCGAUUCCUGGGUAAGCUAUUUUGAUUUCAAUACAUUGAUUUUCGUUUUUUCGAUUUCUGAGUAUUACAGUUCUAACUUGUUUGUGUGUGUUUUGAUUUGGAUCCGAUCGAUGGGAGGCGAGAGGUAGACAAGGGAGAAAUGGCCGCCAAGGAGGAGAGGAAGGAUAGCCGGCUGCCGAGUGCCCUGUCGGCGACGGGAACCGAAAAAGGCAGAGGCGAUGGAUUCGAGAGAGGAGAAAAGAGCUGCCGCCGGCAUCCCCUGACUUCACCGGCGGCGAAGAUAACGGCGAACAAAAGGAACAUCUUUGGGGAAAGGAAGAGGGGAGUGCCAAGAAGAAGAAGAUGAAGAAGAAGUUGUGGCUUUUUAAGAAGGGGAAGCAAACUGCAGUCAAGCCGAACAAAGAACUCCUCCCCUUUUCUUGGCCUACAAGGCCUCUCAUUUAUAGUAGGGAAUUAUACUGUAGCUCUACAAUAGUUAAAGGUUGUGCACUGUUCUUAUUGGCUGUUAAGGGUAGGGGAUAAGUGUAUUUUUUUGAUUGGCUAGUAGGGUAGGUUUAGGUUAGUUGUAUUUUUGUGAUUGGUUGAGGAUUGGGCUGGGCCUGUGCCUGGUUGAACCAGUCUAGUUCGACCGGCAUUGGAUCUGGACUGAGUAUGAUUGGGCUUGGAUUUUUAGGUUUGGUUGACUGUGAUAUGGGCUUGACCCAAUUUAGGCUUGUUGACUUGCAUUUACCAGAGUUGACUACGGUUUGGGCUUCUACUUGAGCCCAAUUUCUUUUAUUGUACAAUUGUAAUUAGAAUCUAAUAGCAAAUUAACAUUGUAAAUAUUAUGGA